ACCUCCAUACUUCACCCUCUCUCUCUCUCUGUGAAAGCUUCUUUGCACUUCUGAUCUUUCUUUCUUUCUUUCUGAUUGCUCAUGUUCUGUUCAGUUGAUCCGCUAACGUGCGCCGCCGGGAGUUAUUCUUUCUUAUCGUGUGCUGCCGCCCUGGUAUAUUUAUGUCGCCGGCGGCGUAUGGAACGACCUUGCUUAUAAGAAUCUCGCGGUAUAGGAGGGGCCACUAGGGAUAAGAAAGAUAAAAGGGUUGCAAAGUCGGACGGCGGGGAUCGAAGAGACGAAUCUUCCCAGGACCGACUUCGAGGAAUGGACAGCCAGAAGAGCCAGGCGAAGCUCACGAGAACACAGUCCUUACUACUCCGGUCCUCUCCGACCAUCCGAUCGUCCUUUCACAGCCUCUCUUCGCUAACCGAGGAGGACGCCAUCACACCCCGCCAAGAAGACGAGGAGGAGUUGAAGAAACCGAUGAAAUCCGGUUCUACCCCGAGAACCGGGUCGACCCGGUUGGCCAACCCGGUCCUCGCUUUGGCCUUGCUCUUUUUCUUCACCCUCUUGUCGUUGUUGUUCUUCCACUACUUUUUCUAUCUGAGGAAGGAAGAGAUACCCACUUCGGAGAACCUCCUCCUGGCUCUAAUUUUCAUCGCGGUGACGCUCUUCUUCGCGUCCAAGAACAAGGGUCUGUUCCACCAGACCAUACUGCUCCUCAAACACUCGUUGGACGAGAGCGCGAAGAGACUCGGGCUCUCGAGAACCAACUCGAAGCCGGUCCAGUGGUUCAUCGGCGACCCGAACGUCCCGAAAGCGAGAGGGAGCAAGAAGAUCAUACGGGAAGGCGUGGAGUUUUACAGCAAUGGCGACUUCUAUGAGGGGGAGUUCCACAAGGGGAGGUGUAAUGGGAGUGGGGUGUACAAUUACUUCGUGAACGGUAGGUACGAGGGGGAGUGGAUCGACGGGAAGUACGAUGGGUACGGGAUUGAGGGCUGGGCGAGAGGGAGCAGGUACAAGGGUCAGUAUAGGCAGGGCCUGAGGCAUGGAUUCGGGGUUUACAGGUUCUAUACUGGGGACUCUUAUGCAGGGGAAUGGUCCAAUGGGCAGAGCCAUGGGGUCGGAGUGCAAACCUGCUCCGAUGGGAGCUGCUAUAUUGGGGAGUUCAAGUGCGGGGUCAAGCACGGCCUCGGCUGCUACCAUUUCAGAAACGGAGAUAGAUAUGCGGGAGAAUAUUUUGGAGACAAGAUUCAUGGAUUUGGCAUCUAUCACUUUGCUAAUGGUCACUGUUACGAGGGGUCAUGGCACGAAGGUCGUAAGCAAGGCUAUGGUAUGUAUACUUUCCGAAAUGGAGACACAAGAUGCGGUGAAUGGGGGAGUGCCGGCAGCCUUAAGCACCCUCUACCACCACUAACUGAGGCAGUCCUUCGAGCAGUGCAGGCAUCAAGAAAAACAGCGGAGAAUGCUAUUAAGCUUCCCCGAGUGGAUGAACAGGUAAACAAGGCAGUCAUGGCUGCAAAUAGGGCCGCCACUGCUGCUAGAGUGGCUGCCGUCAAAGCUGUUCAGAACCAAAUGGAUGGGAAGUUUUGCGACACUAAUGUCUAAGGGAUUGGCGCCUUUGUUCGUGUACAUUUUCACUAACUUUUAGUCCUUGGAAGAUGACACCCCAGUGAGCAAAAAGCUCAUCGGAGGUUGAGAGAGAGUUUAUGUUUUGAGUUUUUCUAGAUUACAUUGCAACUUGUAUAUACCCCACCCCACGUACAUCAAUGGAAGAAGAGUUUUGAAGAUCAAA